AGAUCGGCGCGCACUCCAUUGUUCGCGUUACUGGACUUUAUCUCCUGAACCCGAUAGUCAAUCUUUUAUACCAAGUCUAUUUAAUCCCACCCUUCUCGCUCAGAAAGGAGACCCUCGGGUCCGAUGAUUGUGCACACAGCUGCUUUGCGAUGCCCCAAAUAAUCUAUCUUUAAUCCACGUCAACUUCCCCCGGAUCCUGCGCACAAGGGAUUCUUACAGGAUCAAAAGGAAGCAACAUAGCUGUUGCGAUGCAUAUCAUAAAACCUGUUUGGCUGACGCAUGGAGGUGAGCGGAAAGAUUUCGAAGUUUAUAGUUGCGAUGUGUCACCCGAUGGAAGUCGUUUAGUUACAGCUGCUGGAGAUGGAUACGUUCGGAUAUGGUCGACGGAAGCCAUUUGCAAUACCGAAGACCCUGCAGUCGUUGGCAAGCCAAAGCAGUUGGCAUCGAUGAGCAACCACUCCGGUACGAUUCAUACUGUUCGGUUUUCACCUAACGGGAAGUACCUCGCAUCCGGAGCGGAUGAUAAAAUUGUGUGUAUUUACACAUUGGAUGCGAACCCUCCGUCGCAUGCUACAACAUUUGGGUCAAACGAGGCACCUCCUGUGGAAAACUGGCGCACGGUUCGGAGACUGAUAGGCCACGACAAUGAUGUUCAAGAUUUGGGCUGGUCCUACGAUUCUUCUAUCUUGGUGUCUGUGGGCCUGGACUCCAAGGUGGUAGUGUGGUCAGGACAUACGUUCGAAAAGCUGAAGACGAUAUCCAUACACCAGAGUCAUGUCAAGGGGAUAACUUUCGAUCCAGCCAAUAAGUAUUUUGCUACGGCAAGCGAUGAUCGCACUGUCCGAAUUUUCCGGUUCACCUCUCCUGCUCCGAACUCGACCGCUCAUGACCAGAUGAACAAUUUUGUUCUUGAACAGACCAUCUCCGCCCCUUUCGCCAACUCCCCCUUGACUGCUUAUUUCCGUCGAUGUUCUUGGUCGCCCGACGGUAUGCACAUCGCCGCUGCAAAUGCGGUCAACGGACCGGUCAGUUCCGUUGCGAUAAUCAACCGUGGAUCUUGGGAUGGGGACAUCAACCUGAUCGGACACGAAGCCCCGGUUGAAGUUUGUGCAUUUUCCCCGCGGCUGUAUGCCAUCGACAAACAGACAACAGAUAACCAACAUGGCGCACAAAACCUGGUCACCGUAAUAGCCUGCGCCGGAGGAGAUAAGUCCCUAAGCAUCUGGAUCACCAGUAACCCCAGGCCAAUUGUGGUUGCCCAGGAGCUUGCGGCUAAAUCUCUAUCCGAUCUGGCUUGGAGCCCCGACGGAAAAUGUCUUUACGCAACCGCAUUGGAUGGCACGAUACUGGCAGUUCGAUUUGAGGACGGUGAUCUGGGCUACGCAACGGCUAUGGAGGAGAAUGAGAAAUCGCUCACCAAAUUUGGUACUAACAGAAAAGGCGCCGGUAUCACAGAGACUCCGGAUGGAUUGUUGCUCGAGGAGAAGAGCAAGGCUGGGGAGAUCAAAGGCGUGGAAGGGCGAAUGGGAGCCCUGAUGGGCGAUGAUCAGGCGGAUAAUAUGACCAAUGGAAAGCCCGCGCCUCUACCUUCUAAUACCGCGACCCCUGCACGGGCAUCGUCUCCAGCUCCAGACGCACAGAAGAACCAAACAAAUGGAACCGCAACGCCGUCGGCCCCAGAGCCAGAGAAGCCGGAUCCGUAUCAAGCAAAACUUGAAAGGCUGAAGCAACGUCCCACAUACACCAAGGAGGGCAAAAAGCGCAUUGCGCCUCUCUUAGUGUCUGGCGCAGGUGCAGCCGAGUCUUCUCUGCCCCAAGCUCGCUUAAUGGCCUCGGUUAGCAACCAAGUGAAGGCCGACACACCGCAGUCUAUUGUCGAUCUCUCUAAGCCUUUUGAUGGCUUACCCAAGGGGGGCCUCGCUACUCUACUCUUUGGGAAUAAGCGUAAGCUCGCUCAGCCUGAGGACGACGACGAUGGACAUGUGGAAAAGCGAGUGGCAUUGGCAAGCCAGAAUGGCGCUACCCCUCUGCUUGUGAACACCCCGGAUGGCCUUCUCCCUGCACGACCCGAACCCGCUUCUACCGGUCAGCAACCAACCCCAGAGUUCAUCCGACCUGCAGUGACGAAUCCUUGUAUGGCUAUGAGCCAGGUACGAUUGGCUGUGCCAAAAGUCCGAAGUCAGAUCGUGCGAGCCAUUGAUCCUAAUGGGAAGCCGACUGAACCGCCGAGUGCGUCGGGAGAGUCUAGUAAAUCCCGUGUUGACGUUGUAUUUGAAGCUCGUAACCCAUCUCCCGCUAGCUUGACCGGCCGCGCAGUGGACCGGGAGCCAGUGCGGCUCACCUUGCUACGAGGCGAGCAGCCCGUGUGGCAAGACUUUCUUCCACGGACUGUGCUCCUUGUGACCGGUAACCAGAGCAUGUGGGCUGCGUCUUGCGAAGACGGAUCAGUCUACAUCUGGAGCCCAGCCGGCCGUCGCCUCGUUAGCGCGCUUGUCCUUGAGGCACAGCCGGUAAUCCUGGAAUGCAAUGGUCCUUGGAUCCUCUGCAUAUCGGCUGUUGGAAUGUGUUAUGUCUGGAAUGUUAAGCACCUUUCUUCGCCCCAUCCGCCCAUCUCCCUUCAACCGGUACUGGAUGCGGCAAUCCACACCCUGGGCGCGCAUCCCUCAGCCGCGCCGGCGAUCACCAAUGCGCGGGUCAAUUCCGAAGGCCGAAUCGUGGUCGCCUUGUCAAAUGGGGAGGGUUAUGCUUAUUCGCCGUCCAUGUAUACAUGGCAGCGGAUCUCAGAGGCCUGGUGGGCGGUUGGCAGCCAGUACUGGAACACCACCGAAGCGCCGGUGGGCAACCUUCAGUCUGCCGAUUCGACGAAAGACAAAGACGCGAAGGCUGCCGUGUCCGCCGGUAUUAUCCCGUUCUUGGAGCGCAACACGACUAGCGAGACCCUACUCCGCGGACGAGCAUACUUCCUCCAGCGAUUGAUCAAGGUUCUUCUGUCCCGGGAAGGCUACGAGAGUUUCGAGUCGAGCGUGUCUAUUGCUCACCUGGAGAACCGACUUGCGGCAGCAUUGUCCCUCGGGGCCAAGGAGGAGUUCCGGCUGUACCUCUCGAUGUAUGCCAAACGGAUCGGAGCGGAGGGCCUGCGGACGAAGGUCGAAGAGUUGUUAAAGGGCUUAAUUGGUGGAUUAUUUGAGGAAGAUGAAGAAGGGGCCGUCCGGCGCCUCCAGGAAAACGAACAAGAAGAUCGAAACUGGCUAGAAAGUUCAGAGACCCUCUGUGGCUGGCCGCGGGAGGUGUUAUUGAAGGAGGUCAUCCUCUCACUGGGCAAACACCGCGAUCUCCAGCGGGUAACGGUACCAUAUGCCAAGUUACUGGGAGUCGUAGAUGGCGAGUCACAUGCGGGCGAUGCCAUGGAAACAUGAGCGUACGGUGGCUUUUUUUGGUGUUCAUCGGCGUUUUCUUGAGGGUUAUACUAUGGGUCUGGGUGGCAUGUUUACUUUACUUCUCCGUGGAGAAGAUUUUCAACGUCCAAUUUGCUAAUAAAAGUGGCACACGGAUUCCUGAAUUCUUUUUAUCAUGUGCUAUAGUAUCUUACUUAUUGAGUGCCAGAUAUAGGGUCAGCGAUUUUUCUGGACCGAUUCAAUUCAUCUUACUGAGCUUAUGAAUAGCAAAACUCUACA